AUGAUUACGAGUCACUCUGUGCCUAAAGCUAUGUCGCUAGACGAAAUAGCGAGUGCUACCAACACUGACAAGACAUUGCAAGCAUUGCGAGCCGCUAUACGAACAAAUAGAUGGCAAGCAUCUGAUCGUUUAAAGCCUUAUUGUGCAAUCAACGAUGAGCUCACUGUUGGUGCGAAGGGAAUUGUUUUGAGAGGAACACGUUUAGUUAUACCAGAGUCACUUCAGCAACGAGCUAUAGAUAUUGCCCAUGAAGCUCACCAAGGUCUUUCCAAAACAAAAAGUCUAUUACGAGAAAAAGUAUGGUUCCCAGGUAUGGACAACCUAGUUCAGCAUACCCUAGAUUCGUGCCUGACUUGUCAAAUUGUCGGCAAACCAUCGCCACCAGAACCUCUGCAACAAACUGAUUUUCCUAAAGGACCAUGGGAAACUGUUCAUAUCGAUUUCUGUGGACCGCUUCCUUCAGGAGAUCAUCUUUUAGUCGUCAUUGAUCGUUAUUCGCGAUUUCCGGAAACCGAAAUUGUGCGAUCCACGAAAGCAUCAACUGUCAUUCCGAAGCUGGACAAAAUAUUUUCGGUACACGGCAUACCACGUGAAUUAAAGACAGAUAACGGUCCACCAUUCUCGAGUGAAGAGUUUGCACGAUAUGUAAAUAUCCUCGGUAUAAACCAUAAACCUGUCACACCUUACUGGCCGCAGGCAAAUGGAGAAGUCGAACGCUUUAAUCAGCCUCUCAUCAAAGCCGUACAAAGCGCAGUGGCAGAUGGUAAGGUAUGGCAACAAGAACUGAACCGUUUCUUGUUCCAGUAUCGUAAUACACCUCACAGCACAACGAAAAUUGCGCCAUCAGAGUUGUUAUUCAACAGGAAAGUGCAAGGAAAAUUCCCUACUUUAGAGAAGCAUCGCGUAAUAAAUCGACACAAAGAAGCUAGAAUAAACGAGGAACGCAGUCGAUCAUACCAAGAAACAUAUGCAAACAAACGCAGAAAAGCAAGGAAGAGCAACCUUCAAGUUGGAGAUACUGUUCUUGUCCGCCAACAAAAAAGGGACAAACUAACGACACGAUUCAGCAAAACGCAAUACAAAGUCGUAAACCGUAAAGGUACGCAGAUAACUGCAGAAGACAGUAAUCAUCGUCGUGUAACUCGCAACGUAUCAUUUUUUAAAAAAUUACGCGCUCAGAUGUCGGAUUCCGAAGAUGCCAAUCAAUCAAAUCGAGCCACAUACGCUUGUGAACAAGAGGUUCCUAGACCUGCUGAAAGACUAGUUAGAAAACGUUAUGCACCAGUACGAUAUGGUGAACCAAUACCAUUGGACACUUUGUAA